GCUCACUCUAUGAAAAGGGGGGAGUUACCUGGAAGGGCGGAUGGUCUGGUUUCAGGAAGGGAAGGCCUGGCUCAGACAGUGGGUGGUACGCCUUGCUACAGGGCCCAGACAAAAUAACGGCAUUUUCUACGAAAUUCGCACAUAUGAUAUUAAGCCAGCAAAGAUGAAGGAGUUUUUGGAAAUGGUCAAGAAGUACUUUCACUUUCGCACAGCUCACUCAGAGCUGGUGGGAUUCUGGUACUCGGAGCUGGGAGCGAUGAACAGGGUGCUCCACAUUUGGAAGUAUGAUAAUUUUGCCCACAGAACAGCAGUCCGGCAUGCACUAGCAAAUGACAAAGACUGGCAGGGAAAAUUCAUCUCUGCAGCUCUCCCCUUGAUAGAGAAGCAGCACAAUGAGGUUGCUUAUCUGGUGCCUUGGUGUCAACUUGGGAAGCCUCCAAAGGAAGGAGGUGUAUAUGAAUGGGUUACUUUCCAGAUGAAGCCUGGUGGGCCAGCAUUGUGGGGUGAAGCAUUUCGAGCUGCAGUCAAUGCUCACAUCAACACAGGAUAUACCAGCCUGAUAGGUGUUUUCCACACAGAAUAUGGAUUACUUAACACAGUUCACGUGUUAUGGUGGAAUGAGAGCCCAGAUCACCGGGCAGCAGGAAGACACCGUGCCCAUGAAGAUGCCAGAGUUGUAGCAGCUGUGCGCGACAGUGUCAGAUUCUUGGAGUCCCAGCAAAAUGUGCUUCUGAUUCCCCUGGAAUGCUCACCGCUGAAGUAACCUUCUUCUAAAGGACAUAACUGAUGGCAGGAGAGACAAGAUGGAAGUGCUGUCAGCAAGUGACAUGGAUCCCCAUACCCUCAUGAGCUGAACUGUUCUUCAGCUGACAAAAAAUGGAUGCAAAAUACUGAUCCUAGCAAUGUAAAUCAGCACAAUUGAUACCAAUUAUUAAACAGAAGUUUAUGGUGAUGUUCCUAUGUCUCCAGGACAAAGAACUCAAGCCAUAUCAUGACACAAACCAUGCUUCACCAAUCAUCUGUUUUAAUUCCCAAGUUCUUCAUAAUUUUUUGCAUAGCUAGGUCCCUUACCAAAUGAGUAAGUUAAGUGCUCUUGUCCAGCAUUCCAGACAGGGAUGGUAUAAUUUUUGUAAUAUACUUUGAUGAAAAAUCCUUUUUACUUAAUAAUGUGUCAUGGCUCAUUUCAGCCUUUUCCUUUAUUGUUCAUUAAACACUGCCUCAAAACUGUGAGUUAUCCACACAAGCUUUGCCUCAGGUAUUUUAAAACUUGCUUAGGGUGCUGAAGCUGAUUAGUCCUUCUUGUUCAAUUGUUCAUCUGAUUUACAUGUUCCGACAUUCUUUGAAAUACUUUUCGUCAGAACUAUUAAACACUAAAUAAAUGAGCAGAAAGCAUUAA